CGUUGAUACUUGGACCUUCUUCGGAAGCAUCUCUUCAUCAUUUCCCCUGCAGCGCUUCAACUCUACUCCGUCCUGCCCUCUGUUAUUCCUCUUCCCGUCCACAUCUAGCUGUGCUUCCCACUCCCAGCUCCCAUGGAUGAACUGAAUCCCAUGUCCCUGCUUAUAGCCCUUAAGACCAUGGACAAACCGGUCGUCCUGCUGUACACACAUCGGAGGCGCCUGCUCCCGGUGUUCAUCGGGACUUACCUGCUCCACCUCGUACUGACCGCGUUGCUGGUGAACCUGGCAAGCCCAGUGGUCAACCUCGACUCCAUGGGCCUGUUCUACCAGAUAAACAACAAUUCGUCCGCGGCCGUUGAAGACGAGGGCACGGAAAUAUCGCCCUUGUGGAAACUCCAUCUCACAGGAUACAGAAGAAUGCUUGCCGCCUCCUUUCGUCAAAUUUGAUUCUAGCCACAUGAAUAGUUUGUCUUGUAGGUUUUUGUGUUCUUCGGCAACCAAAGAUUUAUGUAGUGAUUAGUUGUAGUCAAAUGGAGCUCUUCCAUAUAUACUAGUAAUUUGUAUUUGGUAUUUGUGGUGCAGUCAGCUAUGAAGCAUUGAUGUGUUUGGUUGUCAUUUUUUU